UAUUUUCCUCGGACAUAUAAUCUAUUCGUCUUCUCAUCUCAUCUCACACACCUAUUUUUUCACUCUGUCACCAUGAAAUCUCCAACGAAACAAGACUUUAUAGAUGAAAAUCAAGAAACCAAAUUUCAGAGAAAAAUAAAAGUAAAAAUCUCAGACCCAUAUGCUACAGAAUCAUCUUCAGAUGAUGAACAAGAAAAAAAACCCAAGUUCAUUGUUCAUGAGAUUCUUCAAGAAAAGCUAAAAAUGCAACCUUUAAAUUUUGACCAGUUUUCUGGAAAAUUGCCUCCUAUGGUUAGAAAGAGAAAAUCAGGAAAAUUUGUUACUGAAAUUAAAGACCCAUUUACCAAGAAAAGGAUUUGGUUGGGUACUUUUAAUACUGCUGAAGAAGCUUCUCAUGUUUAUCAAUCCAAGAAACUUGAGUUUGAGGAAAAAAUGAAGAUGGCUAAAAGUGUAAUAGCGAAAAAGGCUAUUUCUGCAAAAUCUGAAAUUGGGUCUUCUUCUAGUGAUCCUCCAUUAAUGGUUGAUUCAUCAAAGGUAAAGACUCGAUUUUCACUCAAAAGUGAGUUUGAGGAAAAAAUGAAAUUGGCUAAAAAUGCAGAAGUGAAAAAGGCUACUUCUGCAAAAGCUGGGUCUUGUUCUGGUGAUUUGUCAUUAAUGGUUGAUUCUCAGAAGUCUGAUUCAUUCAAAAAAAGAAAGUCUUUAAGUUUUGAUCACUUUUCUGAAAAAUUGCCUCCUAUGGUUAGAAAGAGAAAAUCAGGAAAAUUUGUUACUGAAAUUAAAGACCCAUUUACCAAGAAAAGAAUUUGGUUGGGUACUUUUAAUACUGCUGAAGAAGCUUCUCAAGUUUAUCAAUCUAAGAAAUUUGAGUUUGAGGAGAAGUUGAAGAAGGCCAAAAAUGCAAAAGUGAAAAAGGCUAUUUCUGCAAAAUCUGAACUUGGUUCUUCCUCUAGUCAUCCACCAUUAAUGGUUGAUUCUCAGAAUUUAGAUUCAUCGAAUGAGUUUGAUGAGCAAUUGGAGAAGGCUAAAAAUGAAAAAGUCAAAGAGGCUAUUUCUGCAAAAUCUGAUUUUGGGUCGUCUUCUAGUGAACCUGCAUUAAUGGUUAAUUCUCAGACCUCGGAUUCAUCAAAUGGAGUUGAGGAAAAAGAUGGGCUAAAAAGUGAAGACGAACUAUGGAUGGGACAUUGGGUGCAAAUUUCAGAGGAUAAAGAGGUUAAAUUUUCAAUGAAAUUGGGGGUUCCAGUUGUUGAUAAUUAUGGGUUUUUGUUAGGUGAAUUUAGCAAAUUGGAUGAUCUUAGUAUUUCUGUUUGAGAUAACUAUAGUUCCAUUAUUUACUCAUGUUUUUAAAACUUGCAGCAAGUUUAGAUAUUUAGGCCUAUUUGUGAAUAUGUCAGUAGCAAUUGCAAGUCAAUGAAUAGCUUGUGAAGGAAUAAGUGUUUAUGAGAUUGAGGAAAUUAAAAAGAGUUAUUGCUUGCUCAUAUAUUAUGGAUUCUCUUAUUGAUGGUUAAAACUUAUGUUUCAUGA